AAAUCCAUCAAUCACAGACUUCUUUAUGCAGCGAAGAUCUCUCCAGAGAGUUACAAGGAUUUUACAGAUCAUUGUGAGAAGCUUUUCAAAAAACUGCUAAAAUCCAACCUAGGAGAAUCAAUCUCAGGCCUACUGCUGGUCUAUCCCACCUGUGUCAUCCACAUCAUUGAGUCUAGCAGUGAAAUCUUGUACGGAAUUAUUCAAGAUUUAGCCCACAUUCAGAAGGAUGGUGUGAAGCUCUUCCAGCAAUGGUAUUUCCACAUAAUGAGGCUUCAGUCCCAUUAUCCUGAUGAUGUUACACAAACCCAAUCAGAGGAGGAGGUGGUGGAAAGGUGCAUCACAACUUUGUUGAAACUCGGGAUCUUCUUGUCUGAAAUGCUGCAGCCUGGCAGUAAAGGUCCUGGAGUGGAUCUGCAGGGUUUGGCACCUGAAAUGUGUGUCCAAGAAGAGAUCAUCCAUUUUCUCAUCAAGUCUAACAGGUUUCUGAAACCAGCAGAGUUCCUAGCAAUGUAUGACAGAACCGUGAAUGUCUCCAGCGUUUCAGAUGAACUCUGGCCAGCCUCUCAACACUUCUACCUAUAG